AGCUCCCUUCUCAACCGGCAGAACAUGGCCUUGGACUGGUCUGGCCAGGGGUCCCCCAGCAAAUACCUCUGAGUCAUCCCGUUGGAGCGCUAGACCUCCUUCCCUCCCUGGUUCCUCCAGCAGCAUUCAGAGGAUCAAAAGUGAGGACAUUUACCUACAAUCUGUUUUCCAGAAGGCCUGUUGCUCAGUCAGGGUUUGCAAGAGUUGAGCAAGCUGGAAGGAAAUGAAACAGCAAGAAUCCACAGGCCCAGAUCAGGGACGACCAGAAGAUGCUGAAAACCUGAGCUGUGCUGUUCGGCUGGAAUAUAUGGCAGAUUGUUUACAAGGGGCAGCAUCGCAAGAGGGCCAAGGGGAAGCUUGCAAGGCGAUGCAACAGCGUUGGGAAACCCAGUGGCAGGAGUUCCUGAGGACCCUUCAGCCCAGUCAUCCAGGGGGAGGAAACCCUGUGAUGUCAGAGGCCUCCCCUUGGGAAGACCCCAAGGCCUUCUUGGCCUCCUUUGAGCAGGUGGCCGAAGCCUGUAAAUGGCCUAAAGAAGAUUGGACAGCCCGUCUUCUCCCUGCUUUGUGUGGAGAAGCUGAGGAGGCUUUCCAAAGCUUAGAACCCAGAGAUCGGGAAGACUAUUGGAAAGUGAAGGCCGCCAUCUUGAGAGAGGAGGCCAUCAAGAUGGAGGUGCAACGCCAACACUUCAGACAGUUCUGCUGCGAGGAGGUGGAGGAUCCCCGAAGGAUCCAUACCCAACUCCAGGAGCUUUGUCACCAGUGGUUGAGGCCUGAGAAACACACCAAGGAGCAGAUCUUGGAGCUGCUGAUCCUGGAGCAGUUUCUGGCCAGCCUCCCACCUGAUCUCCAGAGCUGGAUCCGAGCAGGAGGAGCAGACACGUGUUCUCAGGCGGUGGCUCUGGUGGAGGACUUCCUGUUGAACCAACAGGAGGAUGAAACAAGGAAAUGGCAGGAGGUGUGCCUAGGUUCCCUAGAUGUGGAGGAGGAACAGGACUUGGACCCCGGACACGGGCAGAUCUACAAAGAAGGCGAGCCGAGCAGUAGCGGGGAGAUCGGUUUACUAGAGAAUGGGAUUAAAUGCCCAAGUCAUGCUAGUUCAUUACUUUCUCUGGAAGGACCAGAAAUGGAUGAAGCUGAACAAAAUGAGGGACCGAUGAGCCUCCAAGAGACAGGUGCCCCUUUGCAGUCAGCGGAGCAGAGUCUGAUCCAACCAGGUCAGCGGACCAUGUUCUGGCAAGUCCUGCAGGAGGAGAACGGCAACACAGAUUGUUUGGGUGGCAAGAACAGAAACUGGAUCAAAAUGGAAACUUCUUUGUAUGGAGGAGAUGAACCAGAGGAGACAUCCGGGACAGGGGAGAAUGUGUCAGUGGAAGAUGAAAUGCAGGAGGAGAGAUGUGACGGGAGAGGUUGGAUCAAGAUGGAAAAUUCUCAGCUGGGGGAGAUUGUGCUGGAGGAAAUGCCCAGGACUUUAGCAGACAAUUCACAGUGGACUAUUCCUGCCACCUCUAAUAUUCAUGGACCGAGAUGGGAAUCUCAAGGGAAGCAAGGGAACAAGACGUCAACGAAAGGGAAGAAUGAGUGGCGUGAACUCUCAGAUGAUCUUACAACAGCCGUUGAGAAGAACCACACCGUGCAGGCAGAAGGGGGAAAGGGCGUGCUGUCGAAGCAUGGAAGGAAUUACCACUACAGAUCGGGACUUGCUGAGAUGCAAGAGAAGCCCUCCACAUGUUACUUGGAUAAACAUCAGGGGACCCCUACAGCUGAGCCCCAAGCUGAACUCUUGGAGGCGAGGAAAGAUUUCCACCUGGCAGACGAUUCAACGGGAUGCCUGAAAAGCCCCCCAGACGAGGAACCUCGCAAGUGCCCAGAGGAUGGGAAAAACGGUAGCAGCAAGAAGGCUGUGAAGAGAGAUCAAGGCAUUCAGACGGAAGGGAGGCGGUAUCAGUGCGCCCAGUGUGGAAAGUUCUUCCGACACAGGCAAACAUUGACAAAACACCAGAAGAUUCAUACGGGUGAGAAACUGCACGAAUGCCUCGCCUGCGGGAAAGGGUUCACGUCGAGGGAGCCUCUGCUGAGACAUCAGCGGAUCCACACGGGAGAGAAACCCUACGAAUGCUCCCAGUGCGGGAAAUGUUUUCGGCAGAGAGUACACUUGAUGUGUCAUCAAAAAACCCACACAGGGGAAAAACCCUUCAAGUGCCCCGAAUGUGGGAGAAAUUUCUCUCGGAGGGAUAAAUUGAUCAGGCAUCAGCGAAUUCACAGAGGCCAGAGGCCUUACGUACACUCUGAAUAUGGGAAGAGUUUUGAUCAGAAGGCAGCACUGCUCAAACAUCAGAGUCUCUAUGAAGGCCACUGAUAGACUUUCGGCUUCAUCUUUCUGCAAUCUAUUUUACUAGAGGGUCUUACUCAUAUGCUCCUCCAAAGGCCUGCCAGGGUUAGAUCAGGUUACUACAGAAAAACCAAAAGGAAAAAAACAACUUCAAGUUAUGAAUCUUUAGAGGAUUGUCUCAGAUGCAACACAGAACUUGCCUUGCACGAUAUUAUGUGAAUGGCUCGGUUCUUUGCAUCCUGCUUUUAAAAGCAGCCUUCCGUGACCUCCAAACCAGACUGCAAAUCCCAUCAUCCUCAGCCAGCCUUUCCCAUGUUGAGUAUUGGAAUCCAACCCCUCUGAAGGACCCCAGAUUAGGGAGGACUGAAAGGAAGGAGAAUAAUAAAAGCCAUUCGGAUUCUAUAGAUUACAACAGGGCCUUUCCCCCUCUCUGUGGUAGGAAUAAUGGGGUUAAAAACGUGGAGGGUUCACAAGAAAACCCUGUACAGAAAGUGAGAAGAGAUCAGUGCAAAAAUGAAAGAAGAUGCAGAGGUUUGAUGGGGUAGGAUGCUCUUUGGGGCCGAGGCUAUAUUUUCAAAAGGUGCGCCAAGAUUGGAAAAAUGGGUGGGUGCAGAAUUUAGCAAAAGCAGAGAGGGGUCACUAAAAACAAACUGUAAACUUGGAAAAUGAACAAUUUCAAUCAUCUGACUUGUGAACCCCUGUUUGCUAAGUGAUGCUUUUGAAAGUCAAGCAGUGAAUUUGUGUGAAAAGAUUCUUUAAUCCAGUGUUUCUCAACCUUGGCAACUUUAAGAUAUGUGGACAACUCCCAGAAUUCCCCAGCCAGCAUA